AUGGAAAAGAACAUCUGCUAUCGGCAACGAAGGAGAAAAGAAGUCGUCUACGACGAUUGCAUACUCGAGGACUCCUUGUCCCAAGGUGACUGGCACAUCGAGGAGGACUCAAACUACGAGAUGCUGUUCAGAGGAUUACGAGCCUGUGCUGAGCGUGCCUCGAAACCGCGCACGACAAACUUGCAUCGAAUUUCGAAGACCACCAAAGAAUUGUUAGAAAGAAGAAGGGCUUUGAGGCUUGAUCCGAAUGCAUCGCACAUUGAGCGAGAUCUCUGCGAAUAUAAUAUUCCGCUAACAGCCUUGCUGAGCGAAGACGGAACUCGCACGUCUUCUCGUCGUGAUAUGGAAAUUAUUACGGAGAGGUUCAGCUCGAACCUUUUCCGUUCAUCAACUCCUGUGUCAAGCCCGAUCAUUCACACUGCGUUCUGUUACGCAGCGAAGAAGUGGGCAGACACCGCUGCCACGUCUAGGAAGCUACUUACUACCCACAGAGCCCUUGAGAGAUGUCUUCUGAAGUUUAACCGGCGCACACAACACCUAGCCGGUCUUCGCAGCUCCGACUUAAGAGGAAUGUCCCGUCUUCGCGACCCAGCUGAAUAUAUAUCGAAAGCAAAACAUAUAUGGGUCGGUCACAUCAUGAGAAGAAUCGACGAUAGAUGGACUAAAAGAACGCUAGAAUGGAUCCCAAGAGAUACUAAGCGCCUUCGAGGGAGACAGCCAACGAGAUGGGGUUACGUGUUCGCUACACGUAUGGACCAGCUGAGAGCUCAGCUGGAUACGACACAAGGACCUCGUCAACGUCACUAA